AUGUUGAAGAAGAUGAAGAGUGUGAGCAAGGCCCUCAAGAACAUGGGUACGAGGAGUUCAUCCCGACUCUCCUCGCACCAAUCAGAGAUGAGCAUCGACCUGACGCCCCUGCAAGCUCCAUCAUCUUCGUCUGGUACACGAGUCAAGGUUCUCGUCAAGACAGGAGACCUUGGAUUGAAGAUCCGCAGGGAGAAGGAAGUUCUCCAGCAGCUGAAGAACAGGGAGUUCAUUCACACCCCCACUCUCGAUCCUAUCCUGCUGACAGAAAUAAGUAUGGAUACCGAAUUUGACUUGAUUUUCCGGAUGUUAGGCCUUGUUUUCUCAAUUUUCACGGCAACCCUAGUCAUUUGCAUCGCCGUCGGAUCGGAUAUUUUUCUGGUUCUACUACUCCUUUCUCUGUCGCCUUCAUCCAUGGUCUCGCUGCUCCCUCGUGCUCCCUCCCUCGCCUUCCUCGCUAAGUCCGCCUGCUCCUCGCAGCGGCCGCCUGCUCCCUCCAUGUCGUCGUCCUCUACCGCCGCUUCCGUGGCCGCCGGGUCUAAGGCGGCAGCCGGGCCGAGGAAGCUGCCCGUGCUGCUGUUCGACGUCAUGGACACCCUCGUCCGGGACCCGUUCUACCACCGCAUCCCCGCCUUCUUUCAAAUGUCCAUGAAGGAACUACUAGAAAGCAAGCAUCCAACGGCUUGGUCAGAAUUUGAGAAAGGACUGAUCGAUGAGAAUGAGCUGGCCAAAAAGUUCUUCAAUGAUGGCAGAUCGUUUGAUUUGGAAGGUCUAAAAGAGUGCAUGGUGAGAGCAUAUGAAUACAUUGAUGGCAUCGAAGAUAUUCUUUGCUGUUUGAAGAAAAAUAAUUAUGAAAUGCAUGCUUUUACAAAUUAUCCAGUAUGGUACCAAUUAAUUGAGGAUAAGCUAAAGCUCUCAAAGUAUUUGUCUUGGACAUUUUGUUCCUGUAAAACUGGAAAGCGCAAACCUUCGCCCGAGUUUUAUCUUCAAGCUUUGGAUCAACUCAAUGUUGAUCCAGCAAGCUGCAUUUUUAUUGAUGAUAGGAUGUUAAACGUUGAAGCAGCUCUUAGUGUAGGAAUGAUUGGGUUGCAGUUUAAGAGUGCUAAGGCACUACAGGAGGACCUGUGUGCUCUGGGAGUUGAAUUACCUCCUCUUGUUUGCGAAGGUGAAGCACAAGUACAAUAAGGUUGUGUUGUGCCCUAUCUUGUCUUAUGCUCAACCAAACCACAAUACAAAUGUGCAUAGUAUAUAGUGCUCUUUCUUUGUGAGCUAUGCCAAUAAAUUAUUGUACUCUCAUCUGAAUUCUCUAUCAAAUAUAACUGAUAUGUUAACCACAUAUAUUCUCUGCCAAUGAAGAGCCUAUUGUUGCCAGCUAGUAGAGGCAAAAAGAUUAUCACAGACAUAUGCUGUCAAAAGUCAGCCAAUAAAGCUCUGUAACUUUAAUUCA